AUGUCGGAGAUCAAGUCCGACCCCACCGCAGCUCCUGAGGCUCAACAGCCCGAGGUUACCGGCGAGAAGACCGUGACUGAGACUGUCAAGGAUACCGCUACUGAGGCUGUUGAGACUGCCAAGGAUACUGCCGUGAAGACUACCGACAGUGUGUUCUCCAUGUUCGGCGGUGGCCCCAAGAAGGAGAAGAAGGAGGAGGCCGAGGAGGGUGACGUUGAGCCAUCUGGCUCCGCCAAGGCCCAGAAGGCCGCUGCUGCUGAGGAGGAUGAGGCCCCUGAGUCUAUCGACGUCCACUUCGAGCCCGUUAUCCGUCUUACUGAGAAGGUUGAGACCAAGACCAACGAGGAGCUCGAGGAGCAGUCCUUCAAGAUGCGCGCCAAGCUCUUCAAGUUCGACCGCGACACCAAGGAGUGGAAGGAGCGUGGUACUGGUGAUGUCCGUCUGCUCAAGCACAAGGAGAACCACAAAACUCGCCUGGUCAUGCGUCGGGAUAAGACCCUCAAGGUCUGCGCCAACCACUACAUCGUCCCCGACAUGAAGUUGAGCCCCAACGUUGGCAGUGACCGCAGCUGGGUCUGGAACGCCGCGGCCGAUGUCAGUGAGGGUGAGCCCGAGGCUCAGACCCUGGCCAUCCGCUUCGCCAACAGCGAGAACGCCAACCUUUUCAAGGAGGCCUUCGAGAAAGCUCAGGGCGAGAACGAGAAGCUCUUCACCGCUGGCGCCGCCGCCGCUCCCGCCGCCAGCGAGUAA